AUGGAUCUAGAGCAGCGUACUUCAGGAGUUUGCCUGGGAUUCACCGCCCCUCUUUCACCACAUGCCUCGACUUAUCUGGUUCGAAAGCAUGGCAAAAUCACGUUUGCGCCGGAGCAUCGUCUUGCCUGUAAUGAGGAGGACAAGCUCGGACACAUUGUCCUCGUACCUGGUGGCGCCAAACUGCAGGCCAUACAAACGUUAUACGUUCUGCCCUCGAAUUCGUUGGCGACAGACAGGUACCAACUCGAGCCAGCUUCGGAUCUUCGAGUUGAGAUUCUUCUUCUCAGGCACGGAGACACUAUCACAUCUCCAGAUGCUACAGACAGUGUGACAUGCGUAUCCCGUGCUUCCGAGGUGCAGGUGAAUUCAUCAGCCGCUGAACACGCAAAAGAUGAUAAAUCUGGGAAGCUGGUCAGCGCCGAAGAUGCGCUCGAAGAUGAAACCGAAGAUGAAGUUGCCUCAAAUGGUACUGUUACUGAGGUUCCCGUCACCCAGACGAUUACGCAGCCAUCAUAUUUGCAACCGUCUGCAACCCCACAUCUCCCCAGAGACAAGUCGGACGUUGUGCAGGAAACGCCGACUACGAUUCGUAUGGCAAGCGUAGAACGAUACCAGUCCGUUCCUUCAAACGAAGAUCAGCACAUAUCUGCCAUGCGUACAAUACCAAUCGUUGCCACGGAGACGUUCUCCACAGCUCGGACUGGCUACUCACCCAAAAGUGUUCAACAAGACUCCGUUGAUGGGGAGAGCACGACAGGUGGGCAGCGGCCACAGGGAUCUCCUGAAGUCAGAAUCAACGCCCCGCGCACAAGAAAGAGAACAGGUACAAAUCCGUCGCCAGGUCUUGAGGACGAACACUCCACUGGAGAUCGACCCGUAAAGCGCGCUAAGAAAGCACCAACCGCAGGAAAACAUGGAGAUGGCAUUGAUCAUGCCAGUCCUUUGACUUCUGCUACAGUCGAUCCCGACAACGCAACCCAUUCCACGAAGGGCAAGGGUCGAUCGAAGGUCAACUCAGAGGCAACACCCACGAAGUCUUCGAGAAGCUCACAGCGCUCUGGAACGGCAACGACAGCUAUAGCAUAUGAAGGUGAUCUUCCCCGGGUCGCUACCAGUAACUCUGCCAUUAAGGAGGGAAGCACUGCGUUGAAGUUUCUGCGAAAGCAUGGUGGUACAUUUCUUACAACCGUUGGAGAGAGGUGCAACAUCUUAUGCGUCCGUGAUGGAGGCCUAGCAAAGACUAUGAAAGUCUUUCAAGCCAUAGCUCUCGGCAUUCCCAUCGUCACUGACAAAUGGUUGACCGAUUCAGCCAAGGCCGAAAGUUUCCUUGAUCUGUCUUCUUACAAGCCCGCGGUCGUCCAGCAGGAGAAAGAGUGGGGUUUUAGUCUCGAGAAGGUGUGGGGUACAGCGCAGACCCCGUUCAAGGGCUAUUGCAUCUACUUUACGCCUGCUCUCAAGAAGACGUACACCAACUUUCGCGAGAUGGAAAGGGUGUGCCAGACUGUUGGUGCGGAGGUGACAGCGAAGCGGCCUAGCAAGAACAAGAACAACAUCGUGCUUGCGAUGGAAGAAGACGACCCGGACGCAGAGAGAAUGAUCCAGGAUGGCGAGGCAUGCUACCACAAGGAUCUAGUGACCACCAGCAUCCUCCGUGGAAGAAUCGACCUCGGCGGGGAUGAAUUCAGAAUCAAAGCGAAGCAUGCAGGGCCAACCAGGAAGAAAGGGCCCAGAAAAACUGCCUGA